AUGGGGCAAGGCUACUCCAUGACAACGCCCUCGGCGGCAUCAGCUAGCAUCGAUGUACCGGAGCUUUCUGAUCUGGCAUUCGACAGGACCCUUGUAUCGGCACGAUUUAUGAAGAGCAUCCGCGCCCGAAACCAACAUGGCUUCGUCUUUGUCAAGGCUGUCAUGAAGCCAUACUCAACCUUCGACUCACAGAAAUACAUUAGACGAUUGAUGGAGGAACGGCAAGCACUGUCAGAUAUCUCGAAUGCCCUGAGCUAUCAGCGAAUUGUAGAGACCGGAACUGGAGGCUUCCUGGCUCGGCAGUAUGUCUUCAGUUCAGUAUAUGACCGCCUGAGUACUCGACCCUUUCUGGAGGACAUCGAGAAGAAGUGGCUGGCGUACCAACUGCUGUGUGUUGUAAGGGACUGCCACGCGCGAGAGAUCUACCAUGGCGACAUCAAGACUGAAAACACACUAGUCACAUCGUGGAACUGGCUAUUUCUUGCAGACUUCAGUUCCUACUUCAAGCCGACGACUUUGCCGGAGGAUAACCCAGCUGACUUCUCCUUCUACUUCGACACCUCUGGACGGCGAACAUGCUAUGUUGCUCCAGAGCGGUUUACCACAGGUGCUGGAGACGAGCCCUACCAUGAACUGAAUUGGGCAAUGGACAUGUUCAGUGUCGGCUGCGUCAUCGCCGAGAUUUUUCUGGAAGGUCCUAUCUUCUCCCUCAGUCAGAUCUUCAAGUACCGUAUCGGCGAGUAUAGUCCCGAACAUACGCACCUUAACAAGAUUGAGGAUCCCGAUGUGAGAGAAAUGGUGCUCAACAUGAUCGAGCUUGAGCCAGAGAAGCGAUGGUCUGCUGACCAACAUCUGUCCUACUACAAGCCACGCAUCUUUCCAGACUACUUUGAAAGCUUCCUUCAUCAUUACAUGCGAGAUCUCACUGAACCGUCAACUACGCAAGAAGAGCUCGGCUUGGACGUCAGCAACAUGGCUGAGUCUGAUGACAAGAUCGAUCGCGUUUGGCAAGAUUUCGACAAAAUCUCGUACUUCCUUGGAUAUGGAACAGGAAUAGAUUUGCUCCGGCAGCCUGGUCAUCAUACACAGCGGCGUCAUUCAAAACGCUCAGUGAACAAGCAAGUCUCUGGCUUGCACGAUGGGACUCUGAUAUUCCUGACUCUUGUGUCCGCAAGUCUGAGGAACAGCACUAAAUCAUCCUCACGACUAAAGGCCUGCGAUCUUCUCGUGGCUUUUGCGGAACGCCUGCCCGAUGAGGUCAAACUAGACAGAAUCGUGCCAUACGUGGCGACCAUGCUGACGGAUCCCUCCGAGAUUGUGCAAGUAUCCGCGAUUAGGGCGCUGACGACGAUCUUCGAGAUGAUCGAGGUUGUCUCGCCGAUCAAUGCGUUCAUCUUUCCUGAGUACAUAUUCCCUAAGCUCCGCACAAUCGCUUCCACCGAAAAGAUCGCCAGGCCAUUGGUCCGGGCUGCGUACGCCUCAUGUCUUGCCAGUCUCUCACUCAGCUCUGCGAGAGUGCUGGACAUGGUACAAGCGAUUCGAGCGGAUGGUCGGCUACCGGCUCUCAACGAAGCAGAAUGGGCGCCAGGCACUUCAUUCCAUGCCCUGUACGAUCCUAGCAAAGAGGAGUUGGUGAGACACUUCGAGGAAGCCACUGUUAUUCUGAUCACAGAUGAAGACAGCUCCGUCAGACGUGCUCUACUUGGAUCAGUAGCCAGGCUCUGUGUCUUCUUUGGAAGUGUCAAGGCGAACGAGAUAAUUCUGCAACAUCUCAAUACCUACCUCAACGAAAGGGACUGGAUACUGAAAUGCUCAUUCUUUGACGCACUUGUUGGUAUUGCCACUUACGUUGGCACGUCGAGCUUGGAGAAAUUCAUCUUGCCCAUAAUGGUCGGGUCACUUACAGAUCCGGAGCCUUUUGUGGUAGAGAAGGUGCUCAGAUCACUGGCGCGCAUGGCCGACCUCGGUUUGCUACAGAAGGCGUCCGUGUGGGAACUCGUCUCCAUGGCCGCGCGAUUUCUCGUCCAUCCCAGCACUUUCAUACGAGAAGCCGCGCUGCAUUUCAUCGUGUUGGCCUCAAAGUAUACGUCAAAGGCAGACACUUACUGCAUCCUGCUACCACUUCUCCAGCCUUAUCUCAAAGCACCAGUGAUCGAAGUUGCAGAAGAGCAGCUGCUAAACAACCUCAAAAAGCCACUUUCGCGCGGAGUGUUCAGCGCUGCCUUGCAUCAAGCCUCCAUUAAGACCAAGAGCCUGUUCUGGACUGCGGCAAGUCAGGAUGGCGCGUUCGUGUUGUCAGACCCAGAGCUUGCUCACUUCCCGACCAAGCCUGCUAAGAGGUCGCUGACUAGAAUUCCGCCUUCUCAAAAGGACAAAGACGAUCAGAUUUCACUGGAGACACUCAGGAGCGUAGGUAUGGGAGCAGAAGACGAGAUGAAGUUGCUGGCCCUUCGAGAAUACAUACUACAUGUUGCCACUGCGCCAAAGCCCCAAGUGGCCAAAGACGCGAACGUGAACAAGGUUCAAGGGAUCGUUCCACUGCAUACACUCGACAUACGGACGCAGAAUGUCUUGUUCGACACAUCUCAGCCCAUAAGAUCUCGACAGAAUCAUCGACCUCCUGUCCAAAGAUCACAGUCUGCUCUACAGCAACGACAUACUCUGGCAGAAGCCCUGCUGGACGCCUCAACCACGAACUUUGGGCCAGCAAAUGACGUGGCGCAAGCCACAGCAAGUACGCCCGUCGAUAUUCGAGGCCGAACUGAGGCGACGUCCAAGGGCAAAAUGGCGGACUCUGGUCCCUCAUCGAGGAAUCCAUCCUCCGCCCCCGGGCACAAGCCUUCUUCAGAACUAGAUAAGCUCUCGUUAAGGAGAGGCAAACUAGAACUCCGUCACCGAAAUAGUUCUCUGGCCCUGAUGAAGCGGGACACGGGCAAGGCCGAAGCCGAGACAUCGACAAGUGAGCAGAUUGCUUUCGGUAAAGUCGAUGGGCCGCUACAGAAGCAAUCAGAUGCUGUGACCUCCGCCCUAUCUGCCACCGCCGUUGCAGCUGCGAGAUCGUCACGAUCAAAGUCGCCAUCGAAGCAGCUGCCGAGCACUCUGUCAUGGGAGCCGAACCAUUCAUAUGCCGGCAAUGAUCCUACAAUUCUGCGCCUCCUCGACAACCACUUUGUCGAGAAUUUUGCCAUCGAGCAAAUGGACUUCGGCGAGCCUUGCGAGUCUGCCGCUCGUAUGCCGCUCCGAAAGGCUACAGACUUCACUACAAUGGGGCAAUCCGGAUCCCAAGAUACUACGACGCCUCACUACGACCCCUGGAGACCUGCAGGCCGGCUCUUGACUCACUUCGCAGAGCACACUGCGGCCAUCAAUCAAGUGUGCGCCAGCCCAGACCACGCCUUCUUCGUCACAGCAUCCGAUGACGGUACUUGCAAAGUAUGGGAUACGAUACGGCUGGAGAAGAAUGUGACACCACGAUCAAGAAGCACAUACCGGCACGGCACAGACCUCAAAGUGAAGGCGCUAUGCUUCAUUGAGGACUCCCAUACUUUCAUCAGCGCCGCAGACAACGGCAGCAUCCACGCUGUCAAAGUAGAGUACCGAGUCGUCGACGGCGGCGAGAGCACGAAGUACGGUCGUCCAGUCCUUGUUAGAGACUACCAAAUCCCAGCAAUCAUGGGCGAGAAGCCUCACGUCAACUCCACCGAGCAUGCCAUCCAAAUAUUGCACUAUCGCACGACAAGCUCCCUUUCUGUCCUCGUCGUUGCCACGAACCAUAAUCGGAUACUAAUGAUCGACAUGAAAACCAUGAACAUUCUCGCCAUUCUCGAAGAACCCCUUCACCACGGCUCCGUGACCGCCUUCGUCGUCGACAAACACCACCAUUGGCUCGUAUCCGGCACCACGCACGGCACGCUCUCCCUGUGGGAUUUGCGCUUCCGUAUUCACCUGCGAAGCUUCACCCUGCCCACACAGUCCUGCAUUGAUCGCCUUGUCAUGCACCCGUCCAAAGGCUUCGGCAAAUGGGUCAUAGUCUCUUCCGCCGGCGAAAUCUCAGUCUGGGACGUCGACAAAGUCACCUGUCGAGAGGUCUUCCGUCCGUACACUUUCUCCUCAGAUUCAUCAUCCGUCGAAGGCGAUCCUUCAACAACGCGCAUCAAGCCGUACACCCCAAUCUUCGCCGACUCGCAACAUAUCCCUCCCGUUCCCUCGACCCCUCCCGCACCAACCUCAACCAGAUCAACACAGUCCAUCCGCGCGCUGCACAUCGCCCUCGACUUCAUUUCACCAGCCUCGCGCACUCCCAACGCCAACAACAACACCUCAUCAUCGAAAUACCCGCUCCUCUUCACCGCCGGCGGCGGCACAAACGACUCCACCACCCUCCGCUACUGGGACCUCCCCACGCCCGAGGACAGCUAUAUCCUCUCCUCUCCCGCCAUCCACUCCGACGAGAGCUCGGGCGUGUUGCGUGCGCGAUAUGCGGUCAGCCAUCCACUGAGUCUGAGUUCUGGGGCACAGGUACAGCUCGUGCAGGAGAGCGCGCCUGAGGCGAGUGGUGUUGGUGUGGGGCGCGGGAAGAAAGGUGCCGCUGGGGGGAAACGGGCAACGAAGCAAGCGCCGACAUCGACGCAGAAGAAGGACGAGAGGGAUAAGCCGACGCGGCAGGCACUCCUAGCAGGAAAUGGAAGCAGGGUGUUAGGCGCCCAUAUGGAAGGCGUGACUGAUUUGAUUGUCUUGAGAAAGCCGUAUGGGAUUGUCCCGAUCCCUAACGCGAAGAGCAUGUCUCAGUCUCUCCCCAGAUCGUCAAAGAUCACAGCGCCUGGAGGUGCAUCCAAGAAACCUCGGAACUUCGCUGAUGGGAAACAAAUUAGGGUGUAG